AUGCACCAAAACAGUUCUCAAAUGACUAAUAAUAACGGUAAUAGCAUUUGGAACCCAAACUUCUUUCAGAAUGAUGAAGGGCAACAGCAACAGCAGCAGGAACAACAACAACAACAACAACAACAACAAAAACAGGAAGUGAAAUUUGCGUUCAAUAAUCCUUGGGAUAGCAACGGGGGAAAUCAAAAUGAUUACUCAACGGGUCAAGUUGCUGGAGAUGCUGCUGGGAACACUGGGCACGUACUGUAUUCGCCAAACCACGAAAUGAUAAUGGAGACGCCGAAUGAGGAUUUCGAAAACUUCAAAAGAAGGAAGUCCAGCCUCGUAAUACCGCCAACAAGAGCAGGUGCGCCGAACCCGUUCCAGUACGAAAAUUACCCAACGUAUAACUCGAUGGGUCAAAACACCAGUAGCAUCAACAGUAAUGGUGACUAUGGUCCCGGUGGUGCUAGCAGCAGUGCUGGGCCUGGCACCGCUCUCUCGGGGUUUAAUCCAUCAAUGGGGUCGUCACAACAACAGAGACAGUCUCUGUUCAAUAAGCAGCAGCAGCAACAACAGCAUCUGAAUACAAGAUUUGUGCCCAACUUGUACAAUCAGCAGAACGGGUUUCAAAGGAGGCAAAGUAUGGCUGCAACUGCAUUCACUACCCCUCAGUACACAACGGCACCAAGCACCGCUGGUAAUACAACUUCGAAUUUUGGGAAUAAUGCAGGUACUGUUGGGCCAAACGGGCAUUUCAGCACUAAUAUGGCCAACUCAUCUUCCGCUGGCAAGUUACAAAAUGUGCAAUCAGGGAUGAACCCAAACUUUAUGGGGAUGUCCUCAGUGUCACCUUAUAGAAGACUGAGUGCAUUCCCAACCAGUAGUGGAGGUAUGACUUCUGCUACUCCAACCACCUCUACUCCGUUCCCACAACAGUUCGCACCAUUGAGAGAGGAGAAACCUACUAUCCCACAGAUGUCAAGUUGCAAGAGUAAAUCGGAAUUAUCCCCAACGGUGAACAAAACGCCAAAAUAUAGAAGGGCUUCCGUCCACUCGCAGACAAUCUCUCCCCUAAACGCAAUGACCAAGAAUCUAAUAACCACAUACCAACUGUGCUCCCCUGAUUUCAUUUACAAGACUUCGAAGAACCCAAAGAGAGUACUGACGAAACCAAGCGAGGGGAAAUGCAAUAAUGGGUACGAUAAUGUCAACAGUGAUUACAUCCUGUACGUUAACGACGUGCUUGGUGUCGAACAGAACAGGAAGUAUCUCGUGUUGGAUAUCUUGGGGCAGGGGACAUUUGGUCAAGUGGUCAAGUGCCAGAACUUGCAAACGAAGGAAAUUCUGGCUGUGAAAGUCAUCAAAUCCCGCUCAGAGUACUUAAACCAGAGUAUCACAGAGGCGAAGAUCCUAGAGUUGAUAAACACAAAGAUUGACCCAAACAAUGUGCACCACUUCCUUCGCAUGCACGACUCCUUCGUCCAUAAAAACCAUCUGUGUCUCGUGUUCGAGUUGCUCAGCAACAACCUCUACGAAUUACUGAAACAGAAUCAAUACCACGGCCUGUCGAUGCAACUGAUCAAGAUAUUCACCAAGCAGAUGCUGGAUUCGCUGUGUGUGCUAAAGGACAGUAAACUCAUUCAUUGUGACUUGAAACCGGAAAACAUCCUGUUGUGUUCACCUGAUAAACCGGACAUCAAAAUUAUCGAUUUCGGGUCGUCUUGCGAAGAGGCAAGAACCGUGUACACGUACAUUCAGUCGAGAUUUUACAGGGCCCCCGAGAUCAUCCUAGGGAUCCCUUACUCCUCGAGCAUCGACAUGUGGUCCCUCGGUUGUAUCGUCGCGGAGCUGUUUUUGGGGAUUCCAAUAUUCCCAGGUUCGUCCGAGUUCAAUCAAAUAACCAGAAUUGUUAACACCGUGCAACAGCCGCCCAAUUGGAUGCUUGAUAUGGGUAAAAACACCUCCAAGUUCAUGCACAAAUUGGAACCCUGGGAGAACAGAUCCGAGUUGGGGAGUAAAUACAGGUUGAAAACACUGGACGAAUUCAACAGAGAUUUCAAGGACGCUAACGAAAAACCGGGGAAGCAAUACUUCAAAUGGGAGAAAUUGCAAGAUAUAAUCAAAAAUUACAGAAUCCCCAAGAACAUUCAACACUCGCAAGAACUUAUUGAUCAAGAAAUGGCCAAUAGGGCAUGCCUGCUUCAUUUUCUAACGGGGAUCCUAAACCUUAACCCACUGGAAAGAUGGGCUCCUCAACAGGCCGCCCAACAUCCGUUCAUUACCAAUCAGCCAUUCACAGGCGAGUGGUACCCACCGGGAACGUUGCAAUCCAUCCAAAAUACGAACACGGGAUCAUCGGCCCAUGGCCACAGUGAACGUUCCGACGAUGGCACUGGUGUGAACCCUGCGGGGCAUGUCAACGGCACAAACUCCAAUUUCACAAGCAAUAAUAGCAAUAACCUGCAUCAUCACAGCGCGAACAACGACAACUCUAACAAAAUUAAUGAUACCACGCCUAAUGAAAACUAUAACAAUAAUAAUACUAAUAAUAAUAAUAAAAUGGCAGCCCACAAUCAUCAUAAUAACUUAAUUACUAAUCACUACAUUCCGUCUCCACCUGGGGGGACUACCAAGAAAUUCACGAACUUGACGAUAAGGGAGGAGUAA